AUGGGGGUGCAAUUUUUCAGCGGAAAGUUUUACAAGUGCGUCGACGACAAUGGCGAACGUCUAGACGUCGAUAUUGUCGAUACCAAAUGGGACUGCCAGAGAUUAAAUUACACGUGGGAGAAUUCAAAAAUAUCCUUCGACCAUGUAGGAGUGGCUUAUUUAGCCUUAUUCCAAGUGGCCACUUUCGAAGGCUGGAUGGAAGUUAUGGCUGAUGCGGUUGACGCAAGAGGAGUCAACAUGCAACCCAAACGAGAAGCGAAUCUUUACGCUUACAUUUACUUUGUUAUAUUCAUUGUAUGCGGCUCCUUUUUCACUCUAAACCUUUUCAUAGGAGUCAUCAUUGACAAUUUUAACAUGCUGAAGAAGAAAUACGAAGGCGGAGUGCUGGAAAUGUUUUUGACUGAAAGUCAAAAGCAUUAUUAUACGGCAAUGAAAAAGUUGGGCCGCAAAAAACCUCAAAAAGUCAUCAAAAGACCGAUGAAUGCCUUCUUGGCAAUGUUCUAUGAUUUAUCAAAUUCGCGACGUUUUGAAAUUGCUAUUUUCGUGCUGAUAUUUCUUAACAUGCUUACGAUGGGAAUAGAACAUUAUGGCCAACCGCAUGCAGUGUUUUUUAUUUUAGAAGUCAGCAAUGCCUUUUUCACUACAGUAUUUGGAUUAGAGGCUAUUGUCAAGAUGAUCGGCUUGAGGUACCACUACUUUACGGUACCGUGGAACGUCUUUGAUUUUCUUCUAGUGUUGGCUUCGAUUUUGGGGAUUUUGAUGGAGGACAUCAUGAUUGAUUUUCCGGUUUCGCCCACUUUGCUCAGAGUUGUCAGGGUGUUUAGAAUCGGACGCAUUCUGCGUCUGAUUAAGGCGGCAAAAGGCAUAAGAAAACUCCUCUUUGCUCUGGUAGUGUCUCUACCAGCCCUAUUCAAUAUAGGAGCCUUACUAGCAUUGAUCACCUUCAUCUACGCCAUAAUCGGAAUGUUCCUGUUCGGACACGUACGACAACAAGGUGCUCUGGACGACAUGGUAAACUUCGAAACAUUCGGCCGAUCAAUGCAUUUGCUGUUCCGUCUGAUCACUUCAGCCGGCUGGAACGAUGUUCUAGAAUCCUUAAUGAUCGAGUAUCCGGAUUGUGACCCCCACUACAAACACCAAACCAACGGCGAUUGCGGCUACCCUUUGCUCGCCAUCAUCUACUUCACCAGCUUCAUCAUCAUCAACUACAUGAUCGUCAUCAACAUGUACAUCGCUAUUAUUCUGGAAAACUUCAACCAGGCGCACCAAGAAGAAGAAAUCGGUAUUGUAGAAGACGAUUUGGAGAUGUUUUACAUUAGAUGGAGCAAAUACGAUCCGCAUGCUGCUCAGUUUAUAAGAUUCAGUCAGUUGUCUGAUUUCAUAGCUUCGCUAGAUCCGCCUCUUGGGAUUCCCAAGCCCAACACUGUAGCUUUGGUUAGUUUCAAUUUACCUAUAGCUAAAGGCAACAAAAUUCAUUGUUUGGACAUUUUACAUGCGCUGGUUACAAUAGACAAAGAUAGAUUAAUUAAUCAUUUUAUCAGAAGGAAAAAGGAUAAAGAACGUCAAGACGAAGACGUAGACGAAACGACGCAAACGUCGUCGCCGGGCGGCGACUGGCGCAGCCGUCUGACGACGUUCCUGCACGUCCACAGAGGUUCGCGCGCAUCUUCCCGAAAAUCGUCGCGCGCAUCCGACGCCAGCGACCUCAGCGAACUCGGCGGGCCGUGGUUGAACUUGCCGCUGCUGUUGCUCACCGGCGCCGCCCGCGAUUUAGAAGCGAGACGUCAAUCGACCGAAGACGACGACGUCGACGAACCACCUAAAACGACGCCGCCUUCGAGACGGCGGAGUUUGUACAAUUUUUUUUUGAGGCAUCAGGACGCUGUUGAAACUCCGGACAGCAAAGGCUUGACACUUCAUCCGUCGACUGCGGACGACCGUCCGAUUCGGCGCAAACGCGCCGGUUCGGUGAAAAGCCGUCCGACGUCGGUGGCGGGCGGCUGUCAACGCAGUCAGUCGGAACGGUGCAGUCACAGUUCGGACGUCAGUAUUUUGGUGACGGAAGCGUCGCCGGAAGGCCGGCAAACGGCCGGCGAAUCGACGGUAGUCCAGGUGCUGGUGCACAGGGAAAGCGAAGAGGGCGACGACCUAAGCUGA